CCCGAGCUGGGCCCCCUAGGACCCGCCCUGUUUCUCCAGGGGACGCAUUUGGGCGUCGGGUCGGCCCCGCAUAAAAAUGGCUGGCGGCCCAGGGCACGAGCGGAAGGGGAGUGAUUCCAUUUCCGGGAGCGGAGCUUCCGCGGGGCGGAAGGGGGUCGUCCGCGUGUGUCUCCGUCUUUUCCCGUCCUUAUUAGCUACAGCUGCCCAUGAGCAAGCUGUGGAGACGCGGAGGCACCUCCGGGGCCGCGGAGGGGUCGGAACCCGGGGAAGAGCUGGAACUGAGCGGCCACGGCCACGGGGGCCACAAGAAGAAGCAUAAGAAGCACAAGAAGAAACACAAGAAGAAGCAGCACCAGGAGGAAGGGCCCGGCCCCCCUCUACCCAGCACGGCCUCCGGUCCUGCCCCAGCUCCGGCCCAGCUGAAGCUCCGGAUCAAGCUGGGAGGCCAGGUCCUCGGCACCAAAAGCGUUCCCACCUUCACUGUGAUCCCUGAGGAGCCCCGGUCCCCCUCUCCCCUCAUGGUUGUGGACAAUGAAGAGGAGCCUAUGGAAGGGGUCCCCAUUGAGCAGUACCGAGCCUGGCUGGAUGAAGACAGUAACCUAUCCCCUUCCCCUCUGGGGGAGCUGGCCGGAGGCUUGGGAGGCCGGGAAGACGAAGAGGAGCAGCGCUGGUUAGAUGCCCUCGAGAAGGGAGAGCUGGAUGACAACGGGGACCUGAAGAAAGAGAUCAACGAGAGACUGCUCACAGCCCGCCAGAGAGCCCUGCUGCAGAAAGCCCGGAGCCAGCCAUCGCCCAUGUUGGCCCUGCCGGCGGCCGCAGGCGCGCCGGCACUCACGGAGGAGAUGCUGAUGAAGCGGGAGGAGCGGGCCCGGAAGAGACGCCUGCAGGCGGCCCGCCGGGCCGAGGAGCACAAGAACCAGACCAUCGAGAGGCUGACCAAGACGGUGGCCCCCAGCGGCCGCGGAGGCCGAGGGGGCGCGCGCGGGGAGCGCCGCGGGGGUCGCCCGGCGGCUGCCACGCCCAUGGUCCGCUACAGCAGCGGCGCCCGCGGCGCCACCCUGUCCUUCCCCGUGGGCGUGCCCACGCCGGCCCCGGUCUCGCCGCCCCCUCCGCCGCCGGGGCCUCGCCCCCGCUGCUCCGUCCCCGGCUGCCCCCACCCGCGGCGCUACGCCUGCUCGCGCACGGGCCAACCCCUAUGCAGCCUGCAGUGCUACCGCCUCAACCUGCAGCUGCAGCUGGGGCUACCCGAGGGCACCGGGGCGGCCCCGCCGGGCCCCCUGGUGGCCACCUGAGGACUCCCGUCCGCCCCACUCCCUUUCCCCGGCGGCUGCGCGUCUGCCCCUCCCAGCUGGGGGGCGGGCUGCGGGCUUUUCCGUCCUCCCCGGACUGAUAUACCUCGGGCUCCCUCCCCCCCCCCACCCCUCCCCCACCUCCUGCCCAUGUCGCUGAGCAAAGCUCAGCCAAUCCUUUGAGACUACUCUCCGAAAAAGCGGCCUUUUCUUGAAGCUCUGAACAUUAAUUGGUGGACAUGGCUCCCACGAGGCGGGACUGAUACCUUCCAUUGGCUAUUGGUGCUGCCGAUCAUAGCUGUUGGGCGAUUACUUCUUCACUCUUUGUCUCUGGGCUCCUGUUGUCUGGGUGAAUGGUGGAGACGCGGCAGCGCAUUGGUCUCCGGAAGUGCCUUAGAAGGCUGUUCCCAUUGGCCGAGUCUCAAAAAGCGGCUCCUGAUUGGUGGCAACCUGACGCAACUCGAUUGCCGAUUGGUUGAGAGGCUCCAAGGCUCGGGAGCUGUGAGUCCGGAUAGUGAUGGCGGCGGUAGCAGCUAUGGCCCGGACCGGGACUAUGGUGGUUGCGGCCCGGAAAGCAGUGGCAGGCUGGCAGGCGGCGGAGGUGGCAGUUCUCUGCCCGGGCCAGUAGGCAACAGCAUGGAACGGGCCGGCCCCGGGAACGGCAGCCAUGAAACUUGGGGGGCUCUUCGGGUGCGGCAGCUGCAGGUAUCGUGAAGCUAAUGCCUGUUGUCGCGACAGGCCAGAAACUUGUCACGACAGACGAUCCCGCCCUCUUCCACCCGGCUCCCUCCUGGAACAGAGGAUGCCUGGAAAGUACCCUUUUCCUUGCCUAUUGGGCAACACGUUGAGUGUCUCGAUAGGUGUGGCCGAUCUAGUUUUUCUGUCUUUGUCAUCCAUUUGGUCCCAGGGCUGGGGGGAGAAUGAUGGGCAUUUCUUGGGGAGGUGGGGGACAGAUGUCCCGCCUCGGGGACUCGGCCCAGGCAUCUUCAGAGGCCUUUGUGAGCAGCGGGUUUGUGCGGCCUGGUCAGGCCCUCGGCAGGAGGUGGAGGACGCUGGAUUGUGGUGGUGAGGAGGCGCGGCUGGGGAGCUUUUGGAGCUAGGAAGUGGCUUCUCGUCCCGUCCUCCCCGCCCCCCGCCCCGUAGAAGCGAGCUCCUUGGCCCAUGGCUGUGAUGCUGCUGACGCUGGAGCUUCUCUGUUGACAUGAAGCUCACUUAUAGAGGCUGUUUCACUGCUGGACAGCUCUAAAAAUUAAAAGUUCUUUGCUCACGUCCAAGGAAA